UAUAUAAAGGAGCGUGCGAGUGUAAGAAGAGUAGUGUCGCGUACAUAGGUUGAAGCGCAUUAUCGCGAGAUGAACGCCAUUCUGAUUCCAUUCUUCCUAGCGGCCGACGUAGUCGUCUACAACACGUCGGAAUGGACGUUCGGGCCGGAAUACUUGUAUGACCUGAACAUUUCUUGUAUUCUAAAACCGGAACCCGACGGACCCGUCGAGAGUUAUCAAAUGAUUACUACAGUAAACUGUCGCCCGAAAAUGCCGGACCAUCUAUCCUGUCAUUUCAACAACGGAACGCUACUGGAAUUUGUCGAGAAUAACAACACGAGUGAAGAAUGGCAUAUGGAUGAAAUGUUCGAGAUCAAAUUUAACGAGCGCGGUGUGGAAGGCGUGAUCGUCGAGCCGAACACUGACGAGGAAAUGGUGGACGUUAUCCGAACGUUUGCCACUCAGUUUAACGUGGCUGUUGAUCGGAGCAAAAUUGACAUGUCGCACUUUAUGGUGAGAGAGGACUCGUCAAUGGGCAAUUGCGCGACGACGUACAGUGUCACACACGAAAAACCCGAGACGUCCACGACAGGAGAUUUUCGGCUUGUGGUAUUGCCGUUGGUCGACGCGAAAUCUGGGACGACUCUUUCGAUCGAGAAAUCUCGGACGGAAUGUAUUGAUCCUCCGCGACAUUUGGAAGAAUUAAACGCAAUCUUAGAGAUGGAUAGAUUUGUCAGCAAAAUACAGAUCGAGCCGAACAGAUUCGAAACCUUUAGUGAAAUCGAUGCAAAAGUAACGUUUUACGAAUCCGAAUCCGAAUCCGAAUCCGAAUCCGAAUCCGAAUCCGAAUCCGAAUCCGAAUCCGAAUCCGAAUCCGAAUCCGAAUCCGAAUCCAAAUCCGAAUCCGAAUCCGAAAUUCAAGUGUGGUCUACUAGAAUUCUAAUGGACAUUAAUUUAAACAGCAUUGAACCUGCGAAGAAUGAACUUCCGAUGCUACCUUACGGCAAACUGAUCGAUUUAAAUACCAAGUAUGCGGUACCAAACAAUAUGAUAGAUUAAAACGACUAUAUGAAUCUGCUGGUGUGUGUCAAAUUGCGAUGCAGAAAGACCAUAAUUUGCUAGUAUUGAAUGUCCAAUUAAAUUGAAACUACAUAUAAAUAGAGUUAAAUAAAGUAUCUUGCAGAACUGUUUCUCUUCU